AUGUCAACAGAUUCUCCUGUCCAGGCUAAUUCUAUUAUUAAUAUCAAUGAUGAAAAAGCACCUGAUCUUAUUGAAGUACCUCCUGAAGCUUUUGCUAAAAUAGAAAAUGUUGAAGAAACAAAUAUCACAUCGUCAUCGAUAUUUAAUAAAUGUUGGAAAUGGAUUAAAAUAUAUUUUAUGAAGUUUCGUGGAUUACAUGAAGAACGACCAAAACGUUUACCGUGGCAAGAAUAUAUUUGGAGCUUUAUUGGAGCAUUUUUUGGUAUCGCAGCUGUUGCCUUUCUUCAUUUCAGAUUAGUUGAUAGACAUCACCUAUCAUUUUUAAUCGGUUCAUUUGGUGCUUCUGCUGCAAUUAUAUUUGGUGCGCCACAUACUCCAUUAGCUCAACCUCGAAAUUUGAUUGGUGGUCAUCUUAUAGGAGCUACAUGCGGUUGUAUAGUACGAUUAGCAGUUUACCAAUUUGAAAAGUCAAUUGGAUGUGCUGUUGCAGUUGCUACAGCUAUUUUAGUAACGCAACUGACUGGAACAACUCAUCCACCAGCUGGUGCAACUGCUCUAAUUGCUGUUACUGCUCAUCCUAUUUUACCUUGGGCAAAUUUUCAAUUUAUUUUAAUACCUGCUCUUACUGGUGCUUGUACUGUGUUAUUAGUUGCGUUAAUUGUUAAUAAUAUGGCACCUAAACGAACUUAUCCUAGUUUUUGGUGGUAG